AUGGUGUUACAAGUUGGGCAAUGUACAACUAAAACCAAUGCGCAACAUGCGCAUUCAAAAAUAACGAAUAUUUCAUCGGGUGCCGAGAUAAGCGCUUCGACUGAUCCUCCAAAUGCAGAUCAGGAUGGCUGUCGCCUUGGCGAAACUCAUCUAAGUUUGCUCGUGGGCUUCCCACAACAAGACCCAUACUCGAUACUCUUGCCUGCAUGGGGUUGUAAAUCACCAUCCAUCGCCGGUCCCACAUGGUCGAAUCUCGGCAUGGAUCUUUGCGAGAUCUGCCAAUGUAUCCGACCAAGGUCCCUUACUUCCACUGCGUUUUCGAGCCUCUUUCAACACCAUGAAAGUCUGCGCAAUUUGCGUAAGUCUGCCACUGAGUGCAAACUGUGCAGGCUGUUACUGGUCGUCCUCUCAAGCACGAACGGCUGGCCUGCGCCAGAGGACCAAACCGAGACUUCGUUUGGACAAGACCUCACUUCAAAAGACAGAGAAUCAGCUGCAAUCACCCUGCAAAAGCCGAAUGGAUGUGUGAAGGACAUUGGAUGGAUUCCUGAGUCUGCGAAGGACACCUUUGUACACUUGGAAGUGAAAUGUGGCAACAACCGCGCAGGACUACUGCAAGCCUUCGCUGACCCGAAUCAUCCUCGUUCUGUGCCGCCUGAGAUCGCUGGACGAAGAAUUUACGAUCCUGCUUCUGUCCACAGCAUUAGAACCGUUCAGAACUGGCUUGCAAGUUGCUCCAAUAGCCACUCUUGCGGUCCACAGCAAGGUCCUCUAGAAGCAGUCGCUAAACCUACGUCCAGCAUCUAUGCUGCAACGCGAUCUACGCCAAAGCGCAUCUUGGAUCUCAAUGCCGACGGCAGAUGGAGCGCUAUUCGUUUGAUCGAAGGGAUGAACCGCGAAGGUGUAUACAUUGCUUUGAGUCACCAUUGGGGUGAAUCGAGGCACUUCACCACCACGAAGUCGACCAUACUGAAACACAUGACAAGAAUCGAAAUCGGAUCACUUCCUAAAACCUUUCGUCAUGCCGUAAAGAUCACAAGGGCUCUAGGUGUGCGAUAUCUUUGGAUUGACUCCAUCUGCAUAGUACAAGACGACAGUGAUGACUGGCAGCGGGAGUCUGCUGUGAUGGACCUCAUUUACUGUUGUGCACAUCUGACUAUAGCCGCGUCUUCUGCGGAUAGCGAUGAUUCUGGAAUUCUGGACACGCGACAAAAGCCAUCCGGUAAAGCAGUGGAGCUUGAAUACCUCUCCGAAGAUCAGAACGUCAAAAGAUGGUGGAUUACUGAGUCCACAACCCUGAGCAACAGAGCCAGCGACAACAUCGAUGAAGAUGUUAACAACAGUGCUUUGCACUCUCGAGCUUGGGCCCUUCAAGAGCGUCUGCUCUCUCCAAGGAUCGUUCAUUAUGGCAAGCAUCAACUAAUCUGGGAAUGUAAUAAGUACACUCAGUGUGAGAAUGGCUAUCUUUGUGGCCCAAAUCUCUCUCGACCCGGUCAUCGAUUGAGUGGCUUACAUGGCAAUUGGUAUAAGCCUAAUGACUGGGGUGGAGCUGAGGUUAUCAAUCUUUCUAUGUAUUGGAGGAUGGAAGUCUUGACGCAUUUCUCUGGCCUUUGUCUUACGUUCGAAUCGGAUCGGCUCCCCUCAUUGUCUGGUUUGAUUGCACACUUACGCAGAACUACAGGGCAAAACUGCUUUGCGGGCAUCUGGACAUUCAGGCUUCAUGAAGGUUUGAUCUGGUUUGUUGCGCGGGAACGAGAUCGGCCUGGGCCUGAAAAUUCCAGGGGCGAUGCAUCACUCCCCUGUUUCCCAUCCUGGAGCUGGGCCUCCACGAAGCAUAUUAUAGCAUACCCUCAUUUCCCUCAGCUAUUCCGUAGCUGUAUCGACCGAUGGAAGAUAACGGAAUCCCUACGCCAGGGACAUUCAUCAACAGGUGGCGAAAUGCGUGCAAUAAUCUUGACGGGACUUGCUAGUCAAGCGAAGAUCGGCAACGAAGAUCGCGACCGUACCAAAUUCCAUCAAGUAUGGUGUAUGCUAUACUCGAAACAAUAUGGUGGCAAUGGGAGAGUCAACGUAUGGAGAGUGUUAUACGACGAAGCGGGCAACGUCGUAGGAUCCGCAUUGCUCGACAAACCUUGGUCUUCCAUUACGAAAGUUGUGUGUCUCCUCGUGGCAUCUCCGGAAAGAGACGAGGAUCAAAGGCCGGAGCCACCAUUCUGCACAGCCUUUUCUCUGCUGAUGGUCCCUAGAGGACGAGUAAAUGGACACAAGCGUGUGGGUUUGGCUGCUGUUGAUCUUCGAUGGGCAGCGCAAGGAACGGCGUCGCUGACAGACUGGGCACCUAGUUUCACACUAAGCAGUUCUCAGGGUACGACGGGAAAUUUGCGCCUCGAACGGAUGCAGUAUGAUGUUGAGAAUAGGCUCCGUUAG